UCGGCGGAUAUUUUGGAGGGUGGCAUAUACCUUGAUUAUUGCUUAUAUUGGAUAAGUAGACCUAUUGACACUUCUGUCAGAGCGGUGCAUCAAAUCAAUCACAAUGAAGGUUUUAAUUUUCCUGACUUUAGUUGCCGUGGCAUCCGCCAAUGUUGGUCAAUUCGGUGACAUGAUACACUGCCAAACUGACAGAAGCUUCAUAACAUCGUGGCUGGACUACGACGGUUACGGCUGCUAUUGUGGUUUAGGGGGUACUGGCAAGCCUAUUGAUGACACUGACCAAUGUUGCCUCAUACAUGAUAAUUGCUACGAUUCCGUAAUGAAGAGUGGAAUGUGUCCAUACGAAGACUACGUUUACAUCGUGCUGUAUAAGUACAGAAUCUUUGAUUGCAAGACAUCAUCCUCACAAAUUUUAUGCGGUUAUGUUAAUUAUACUUUAUAA